UUGGAAAUGGACUAAGAACGUUUUCCAGAAGCGAGUGCAUAGCUCCACCCACCUCAAGAUCUUAUAUAAAGAUUGUAUUAUACAGCAAUAAAUUAUUAAUGAUCUAAGUUAGAAUUUACCACAUCGAACAUAUACGAGCAGUAUUCUCAAGCGAGCCACAUGAACUACAUUCUGGAGGAACACGUGUUUUUGGCUGACAUUCCAUCGUACGAGGACUCUGCGUGGUGGAUCCAUGGGACGUGGUGAAUCGAAAUGGGCCAUCUAACUCUCUGCCGAAAUCCGCGCGCCAACUUCACCAGGGCCUUGAUAUCAGUGCUCAUCGUUGGCCAGCCAGCCAGCCAUGUUUGCGGCCUGCGGAGUUUGCCAGUAAUCGCAAAGCUCCUAUAUAAAUUCCCAGUCUACAGCUGAGCAAGGCGAACCUGCAUUGUUGUUCCACACCGCCAAAAUCUGAUGCAGCAUGUGCUCGCACAUAUCAUUGCGCGACAUCUUGUCCUCCAUACGACUAUCUGCACGCAAAUUACGACCGCAUGUAGAUGCAGCCACGCAGCCUACACAACUGAACCAGCUGCAUGAGGAUAAUACAAGCACGACACGUCAUUUUGACACUGACGCCCUACCCGCAUAUUCUGAGGAGGAUCAGGCCCCCCCCGCAGAGUAUGCAUGGAUCGACAUCCCGGCACAUAUGAAAGGUAACCAAAAGCACUUCCAUACGAUCUUGCUAUUGACAGAAGAGGAGAAAAGCCGAUAUGUGUUUCAAUGCGGCGGCAAUCAUGUGGAUCACGAAGAUGCUUGUAAGCUGUACAUAUCUGCACAGCUGGGAUUUCAAAUGUUUGCGAGCUUGAUAUUGCUCUUUCUGGGAAGUGCUUCGUGGGAGUGUCUUCAGCGACCUAUCCAGCUUAAGCUGCAGCUUUGGAAUAGUUUUCUCACACUUGACCCAAGCGCCGCCACUGCGCUCGCCGGCAUGACCUGUGUAACAGGUAUACUGCAGAAGGACUCGCUUGACUUUCAAGUCGUUCAAUAUUAUAUGCCAUUGUUGGAGAAUGUCAUGGAUGGCCUGUCUGAAGAAAGCUGGCAUGGAGAUACAGUGAAAGUGAGUGAUAGGUCAGAGAUAUACCGGACCGUGCAGAGAGCUUUGAACGAUAAACACAUGGCGGUGUGUGUACGCUAUGGCGGGGAUCUGAAAAAGGACCUGCAGAUUGCAGUGGAUGUCGCAAUGGGAAGCGCUGCUCAAAUGCGAACACAGGCGGAAAUGCCGAACCCUGCUGUACCUAUGUCUCUUAACUAGAUGGAGAUUAUAAAAUGUCGAACUCCGCACCCGUAAAUUCCAUAUCUCAGAACACUUUCC